GAUGCAGACAACAUAAUCAAUCAAAGAUCAGUGAUGCAGGCAAAGCAGCAUACAGAGAUUACAAACAGCUAGGAACAGAGUGAUCGCAACCACACAGUGCUGCAGGGGAGGGGGUGAUUGCUCCAAUCCGCCACUGCUGCAGACUCCUUCUCUGUGACAUUCCAAGGAAUGGCGGAGCCUGAGAGGGCACAGCCUAGGAAAGAGGCUGGGAGCAAUGAAAGCACAGACAGCAGCAGCCAUAGCUUGCUGCCUUCAGUCAGCCCUGGACGUUCCUCCCGCAGACGCACAACCAGUCAGUGUAAAUCGGAGCCCCCACUGCUUCGAACCAGCAAAAGGACCAUCUACACAGCUGGGCGUCCUCCAUGGUACAAUGAGCAUGGAACACAGUCUAAGGAGGCUUUUGUCAUAGGUUUGGGUGGUGGCAGUGCGUCUGGUAAAACCACAGUAGCUAGGAUGAUUAUUGAAGCUCUGGAUGUUCCCUGGGUGGUUCUCCUAUCUAUGGACUCUUUUUACAAGGUGCUGACAGAGGAACAACAGGCUCAGGCUGCCCGGAAUGAAUUUAACUUUGACCACCCAGACUCCUUUGACUUUGAGCUAAUGAUUAGUACAUUGAAGAAGCUGAAACAGGGAAAGAGUGUGAAAAUACCCACCUAUGACUUUACCACUCACAGCCGAACCAAAGAUUGGAAAACCCUCUAUGGAGCAAACGUGAUAAUAUUUGAAGGGAUCAUGGCAUUUGCACAUGCAGAGCUUCUGAAGCUGCUAGACAUGAAAAUUUUUGUGGACACAGACUCGGACAUCCGCCUUGUACGGAGGCUCCGCAGGGACAUUUCAGAAAGAGGACGGGAUAUUGAGGGAGUCCUCAAACAGUACCAUGUGUUUGUGAAACCUGCGUUUGACCAGCACAUCCAGCCAAACAUGCGUCUUGCAGACAUUGUGGUACCGAGAGGUAGUGGUAAUACAGUGGCCAUUGAUCUGAUUGUGCAGCAUGUACACAGCCAGCUGGAGGAGAGGAAGCUCCGCUGGGACAUGGCGGCCCUGGCCUCUGCCCACCAGUCACAACCAUUGCCAAGGACAUUGAGCGUGUUACAGGAGACGCCUCAAGUAAGCGUCAUGCACACAAUUAUAAGGAAUAGAGAAACGAGCCGGGAUGAAUUCAUCUUCUAUUCCCGACGACUCAUGAGGCUCCUAAUAGAGCAUGCACUGUCCUUCCUUCCUUUCAGGAGCUGCACUGUUCAGACCCCACAAGGACAUGACUAUAAAGGACGGACAUAUGAUGGUAAACGGAUAACUGGAGUCUCUAUACUGAGAGCUGGUGAGACAAUGGAACCAGCACUAAGAGCUGUGUGCAAGGACGUAAGGAUCGGAACCAUCCUAAUCCAGACCAACCCGAGCACUGGAGAGCCAGAGCUGCACUAUCUCAGACUCCCGAAAGAUAUCAGUGAGGAUCACGUUAUUCUAAUGGACUGUACAGUUUCCACAGGAGCAGCAGCCAUGAUGGCUGUUCGAGUACUGCUGGACCAUGAGGUGCCAGAAGAUAAAGUCUUCCUGCUAUCACUACUCAUGGCAGAACUGGGAGUACACUCUGUGGCAUAUGCUUUCCCACGAGUGCGCAUAUUAACCACGGCAGUGGACAAGAAAGUUAAUGACAUGUUCCGAAUAAUCCCUGGAAUUGGUAAUUUUGGGGAUCGUUAUUUUGGGACAGAUGCUCCUGCAGAUUGGAGCGAUGAAGAUGAUCUUGCCUGACCCUUCCUUGCUUUCGGCUACGAUUAUUGCACCUUUUUUUUUUUUUACCUCUGUGGAUUCCUAUUGUUCCUGUUAUAUUUUCUUUUUUUUUUCUUUUUUCAAUAUUAAGUUUUUUAUUUAUGAUAUAGAAUCAAAACAAGAACACAACAAAGACAAAAGAGAAUAGAAUAACAAUAGGGCAAAAACAAUAAUAUAGGGGGGGAGACAGGACAUCCAAAAGCAGUACAGAAAACAGAAAAAUAUACACAAAUCAUGGAUUUUCUACAGGUAGAGGGUCGCCCAAGUCACAGGGAGGGCUCUGUAUGGUAGGGACGACGGUUAGAUCACCUUAUUCUUGGAAAUGUAUGUAUGCCAUGAGAGCCACUUCAUGGUAGGGGAAGAAGGGGAUGUAGAGUAUGUAGCAUCCCUGGUUUCCAUCUCCAAAUGGAAGUGGGUCUUAGAAAUAACUUUUGCAAAGGGAGGGGGGGGGGG